UUUUUUUUUCCAUGGUUAAGACAUGAUAAAAAUUGAGAAAAUGUGAUUGGUGAGACAGCGAGAAAUGGAAGAAGGCAACGGCAAGGGAUUGCAUCAACAGCAACAGCAGCAGCAGCAGCAGUUACUUGUACAACAACAAGAAGCACAAAAUCAACAGCAAAAGCAGCGGCAACAACAACAAUUUCACCUCUUACAGCAGAUCCAGAGACAAGCGCAGCAGCAACAACAACAGCAUCAGCAGCAGCAAGCAGCGGCGAUUUCUCGUUUCCCUUCAAACAUCGAUGCCCAUUUGCGCCCGCCGGGCCUUCUUCAGAGACCCUUCAAUCUCCAACAACAAACCACCAGCACUAGCCCUAACCCUAACCCUAACCCUAAACCUAAUUCUGGUCCUGCUGUCCCCAAUUCUCAGCAGCAGCAGCAACAACCACAACAGAACCCCAAUUUACAGCAGCAAAAUCCGCAACAAGGGCAACCACAGCAGCAGCAGCAGCAACAACAACAACAGCAGCAGAAAACGAUUCGGUCAUGCAGCCCAGUGGAGCUUCAGAUGGCAUACCAAGACGCAUGGCGGGUAUGCCAUCCAGACUUCAAGCGCCCCUUCUCUUCCCUCGAAGAUGCUUGCGAGAGGUUACUACCUUAUCAUGUUGUAGCAGACUACGAAGCAGAGGAGGAUGACAGAAUCCUUGAUUCUGACACAACAGGACAGAUGCUAUCUCGUUCCCAGCAGUGGGAUAACAACAUUGCGGUCAAAGUGGCAGAAUUCACAGCCACGUUUGAGAAACAGGCCUUUGCUUUCAACAUUAUAAACAAAAAGCGAGCAGUUGGGGAAUUUCGAGCUGAGGAGAGAUUAAUGGUUGAGCAGGCUCUUCUCCAAGACGAGAGACGAGCAAUGGCAGAAUUGAAAGCACAAAUAGAAUCAAGAGAGAAAGCUGGUCGCGAGGCUCAGUUGCGAAUGGCAGCCAUGGUACAGGCAGAACAAGCUCGAGCUGAGUCACAGGCACAUGCUGAAAUGAUGACUCGGGCACCAAUUAGACCAGGUGUGCUUGGUUCGCGAGGCAACAAUCUGCAGAUUGGUCAUGAUAAAGCAGAGCAGGAACAGGGUGUUAACCCAGAAGAGAUGAUGAAUGGAUGGGGAAAUAGCAGUCAGAGGGAUGAGAAAGAACCAUCUGAAGAUUUUUUGAAUGAUGAAGAAAAUGAAAACGGAGAUCAGGCACGCAGGAGUGGUUUGAACACUAGAUGAACCUUGUGGAGUUGCCGGAUUAAAGCCUUGAUGACAAAGCUGCAAUUUCCAUUGGGAUAGCAAGUGUAGCAAGAAAAGCAUAAAGAGGUGUAAAUGAAGCCAUGUUCUCAUUGAGUUAAAUAUUGUUAGUUAUGAAUCAUCCAUUGCACCAAGCAUUCUAAAACAGUUGCUUUGAAAUUCCAUCUGUUCUUCCUUUUUCUUCUUUUAAAGAUUCGCUUGAAACUAUUAAUGAUUCUCUCUUCA